CGGGCGUCAACUCACCGUCCUGGCUGGAACGCAACCGCAACACUCCAACACGCAACGCCAGCCUAACACCGUUCUUACCGCGUCUCCGCUAGCACAGUUCUGCACGCCGACCUAAAGGAGCUGGAGGCUGUGCGGGCUACUGCGGACCUAGUCCAACCCCCGGCAAUAAUGGCGCAAGCCUUGGACACGAAUCAAACUCAAGCCGGCGCCGACGCAGCAAACCAAACGAUGCGCCGGUGUUCAAAGUGCAAGGGCUAUCGGCCAGAGUCAGAAUUCGACUCUGAAAAUCGGCAGUGCAGGAAACACAACAGGGUGGAUCGCGAGAAGAAACGGGCCGAUAAGAGGAAGAAGCGCCUUCUAGAACGCGUCGGCCCUGGAGACCGAUAUUGCGCUCAGUGCAAGAAAAUACAACCGGAGAUGGAUUUUGCCCUUAAACCAGAUGGAUCGAGGAAUUCCCAAUGUUCGAGACACUACGUCAAGAAACGCACUCCUGCACCCCAUAUCAAGCCUACAUCAAAUCAUCCUCCUCCCGCACUACAUCCUUUGGUCGAUGCAACCUUAUCUCCAAAAGAUCCUCCAGUAAACCCGCACCAGGGGCGCCCAGCUGCCUCCAUCUUGGAAGAACGCAAGCUCCAGAUUGAGGAAGACAUUAGGCAAGCAAUCGAGAAAGGCAUCGACAAUAUUGGCGCGCUUGCUGAGACAGGAGCUUCCGCGAUUCUUGGACGACUCUCUAAAGGCCGCGAAGGUUCCAAACAUUGUCUUUAUUCAGAGUGGGAGGCAAGGGAGGCAGUUGAGGCCCCUGCGGACAGCAUCAUACUGGCUACCAUGGAGGAUGCCGAGAAGAUCAUGCGCCAGGCACCACUGAGGAUGCCAAUCCUCGUCUGCAGGGAAGUCCGGAAUCCGCCGCCCUAUCUUGAGACCAUCGACCAAUACCUCCGCGAUACGCAAAUCUUCCCAUUCAUCACUGUCCAGGACUAUGAGGGCGGGGUAAAGGCAUCGACCUCAAAGAAGAAGAACAGCAAUAGCAUCAUGGGACCGCGUGCGAUGCCAAAGGCCGAGUUUAAAGGCUCAGUCCCGAACCCCGAGCCGGAAUGCUUUUCCCGGAUUGAGUCUCUUCAGCUCCUAACCAAGUUCUCUGGCAGUGGCUGGGGCGGCAAGGGCGCCCCCUCUGCUGACCUCACGGACGCACGGUCCUUUGGCCUGCUUGCUAAGCUCGGGUCCUGGUCAAUGCCGCACGUUGAUCGCCACGCGAACUGUCCACACCAAUACCCAAGGCCAAUAUCCGAGAGUCUCAGAGCGGAGAUCCAAAGCUCGGCCAUUGGGACCCAAUCUGGAUCUAAGAACUAUCAUAAGCCGCGAUCCUUGGCGAAGUCCAAGCCGUUGUCCUCGACGGGAUCCGAGGAAGAAUCUGGGGAAUUUAAGCGUUGGAAGGAGGCCUAUGCUAAUGCACCUGCAAUCAAGCCCAUUGCCAUAAAGAUUAGGGCAGGGGACUUACUAAUUCAACCCUCCGGGAAGCUGCGGACCGUUUGGUUGUGGGCUGCGUCGCGCUUGGACUGGGCGCACACACGCUUCGCACUGCACGGUGAGACCAGAUUGAAGGUGAUUGUGGCAUACGUCGAGGAACCAUGCGCGCGUCGUAGAAAGUGUGCGAGAGAUGGGAAGUCGGGCGCCCGGCCACCUCUUUUGCUAGCUCCCGCUGCAAGGCGGUCCGUGCGGCCCACCGAACGUCGUGCCGGCACCCCGAUGGCGACCUCAGCCCCUAGGCCCGACCCAUCGACACCGCCCGCGGCACCGGCCAGAGGGCGCACGAGGAAGCUGACUGCGAAGAGACUCGAGGCUCAGCAGGCACGACAAAUACGGACGACAGCACUACGAGCGGUACCGAGGGAGAUGGAGCAUCAACGUACUACGGAUGGCAGGACGAAGAGCCGAACGAUGAACCGCUGCCUUUUCCCGCCAGACGCGCGACCGUCUCGCCGGGGCAAGCAUACGACAGCAUUAUAA